AUGGCUUCAUUUGACGGCAAGUCGAUUGCCAUUACAGGUGCAGCAUCCGGUAUUGGCCUCGCAGUUGCUAAGCUCCUAGCAAGUCGUCGUGCCCAACUCUCGCUCGCCGACAUGAACAAAGCCGGCCUUGAGGCUGCUCUCAAGUCUCUUCCUGGUGAUGGACACAUCAUCACACAAGUCGAUGUGAGUGACAGCCAAGAAGUAAAUGCAUGGAUCGAGAAGACGGUUUCUGUCUUUGGCAAGCUUAACGGCGCUGUUAAUAUGGCCGGCGUUUUCACACACGGCACAUGUCUUCGCGAUGAGACUGAUGAUAAGUGGGACUUCAUCAUGGGAGUAAAUGCUCGCGGUGUUUUCAAUUGUUUGAGAGCAGAACUACAUCAUAUCAAGUCUGGAGGAAGCAUUGUAUCGGCAGCUAGCGUUGAUGGCCAAGCUGGCUUUGCUAAUGCUUCUGUAUAUUGUGCAAGCAAGCAUGCUGUCAUUGGCAUGUCUCGAUCUGCCGCAAAAGAGAACGAGAAUAUUCGCAUCAACUGUGUUGCACCAGGCAGUGUUCGAACACCCAUGAUGGAAGGUGAGGGAAUGGCUAAAGCAGUAGAAGCAGAAGUUGCGCUGCAGGUUCAAAAGCGUCCUGCUGAGCCUCACGAAAUUGCGAAUGUUAUCGCUUUUCUCCUCGGUGAAGAAGCCAGUUUCGUCACUGGAGCUGUUUAUAACGUUGAUGGGGGUUGGAUCUGUUACCGACUUCAGCAACCUGUACGGGUCGCCAUUUUGGAUUGCGACUAUGUUGUGCCGAAGGUCGCCGAGACUUGGGGACCAACGUAUAGCAGCAUCUUUGCCCAUCGGCUGCAAGCUGUCAAUAAAACUCUAGGGUCUGAUAGAAUUCUGGAGAUUUCUGCAUUCGAUAUUAUCAAAGACGAAUAUCCCAAUCCAAACGACUUCGACGCCUUCCUCAUCACUGGAUCUAUCAAAGGAGUUUAUGAUAAGGAUACCUGGAUCGCCAGAUUGAAAUCUUUUAUUCAAGAAACCUACCAAUAUUAUCAGCAUGUACGAUUAUUCGGAGCUUGCUUUGGGCACCAGAUCAUCUCUGAAGUCCUGCUUGAAAGAUACGGAGUCAUUGUCGAGAAGGAUCCAAAGGGCUAUGAAGUCGGCAUCCACAAAGUCGCCCUGAACCCAGAAUUCGCAGCUCAUUUCAGUCAUGUUCUGAGCCUCCCUGACGGGGAUGGAUUACGGAUGCAAUUCGCACACGGCGACCAUGUUCGGUUCAAGACAUCUUGGCCCGAGUCGUGGAUGCCGAUAGGAAGCACGCCGCAUUGCACCGUGCAGGGUAUUUAUCAGCCGGGACGUGUUUUGACAUUUCAAGGUCAUUUUGAAUUUGACGAGGAGAUUUCAACGGAAACGAUUAAAUAUUUCUUUACACCUGAACGAGGCUUUAUGCCUGAGCAGACCCAAGCUGCUCUGGAUCAGAUCCGAGGAAAGGAUGAUUCGGAGGAGGCUGCAAAAGUAUUACAUGCCUUUCUUACAGGAAGCAAUGAUUAAUA